UUAUUCCAUUAUUUAUACUCCCUAGAAAGCAGUCAAGAUACCUACCACACCCACACAGAAAGCGAUAUAGGAGAUGGAGAAAGAGAGGGAGAAGGAAAUGAAACAGUCAAAAUUCAAGAAGAUUUGUGUGUUUUGUGGGAGUAGCGCUGGAAAAAGAAGUAUAUAUAAGGAUGCUGCAGUAGAGCUUGGAAGAGAACUAGUAUCAAGAAAAAUAGACCUGGUUUAUGGAGGAGGCAGCAUAGGUUUGAUGGGUUUGGUCUCUCAAGAAGUUCACAAUGGUGGUCGUCAUGUUCUUGGAGUGAUUCCCAAGACAUUAAUGCCGAGAGAGAUAACUGGUGAAACAGUAGGAGAGGUGAAGGCUGUCGCAGACAUGCACCAGAGGAAAGCUGAGAUGGCCAAACAUUCUGAUGCCUUUAUUGCUUUACCUGGUGGUUAUGGAACGCUAGAAGAGCUGCUUGAAGUCAUUGCUUGGGCUUAUCUUGGAAUCCAUGAUAAACCGGUAGGAUUACUGAAUGUGGAUGGUUACUACAACUCCCUCUUGACAUUUAUUGACAAAGCAGUGGAGGAAGGAUUCAUUUGUCCCAACGCCCCGCAAGUUUUUGUAUCAGCUCCUAAUGCCAAGGAACUUUUAAAUAAACUCGAGGGAUAUUUUCCCACUGAUGAAACUGUCCCCUCAAAACUUAAUUGGGAAAAUGAAGAGUUGGAGCAAAGAUCAGGACUUUAACUUCAAGAGAAGCAAAGAUGGUUCCAUGUCAACUCAGAAGACUAAUUUUAGAAAGAUCAGGAAUUUAACUUGCUUGCAGUUGUUUUUUCCUAUAUUUUUUUUUGUGGUCGUAAGUUGGAAAUUGAGAUGACCUUCCUCUCUAGUAACUUCUCUUUGAUUUUUUUUUUUUCCAUCAACUUCUUUUUGAUCUUCACUUUCUCUCAAUUGAGGCAAAACGGUUACCAAGUGUUGAUAACGAUCAUGAUGGUUUAAAUUUGUUUUAAUCUGGGAA